UCAUGAGAAGUGAGAAGAAGUAGACUGUCGGCUGACAGCAACCGGACCUUUUCGACCUGUUAAUAAACGUAUUCUCAUUUCCUCCUUUUUCCAAAUAAUUUCCGAGUUUAUAUCUCAAGAAAAUGGAUUCGUUGGGCCGCUGAGUCUCGAAAAGAAAAGUUAUCUCCGCAACAGACCCCACUGCGCGAUGGAGAGUGGCUGCAACAUGGAAAGCAGUUGCAAGACAGAGAGCAGCUGCAUGACCCUGGCCAAUGACAACGAGGAGGUGCUGUGGGAAAACGUGGAGAGUAACCGCUACAUCCUCAGCCGCUACCUCAACCCCAGCAAGCUGACCCCGUACCUGCGGCAGUGCAAAGUCAUCGACGAGCAGGACGAGGAUGAGGUGCUCAACUCGUACAUGCUGGUGUCCAGGGUCAACCGGGCAGGUCGAUUGUUGGAUAUCCUGCAUACCAAAGGCCAGCGGGGGUAUGUGGUAUUCUUGGAGAGCCUGGAGUUUUAUUACCCUGACCUCUAUAAACUGGUCACAGGGAAGGAGCCCACCCGCAGAUUCUCAACUAUUGUCGUAGAGGAAGGCCACGAGGGCCUGACUCAGUUCCUGAUGAAUGAGAUCAUCAAGCUGCAGCAGCAGGCCAAGUCCAAAGACGCCCAGCGGGUGGAGACCCUGGCUAAGAACCGCACCCUGGAAGAGGAGCACAAGAAGCUGCGUCUGGCAAACCAAGAGCUGGUCACCUUCCAGGAGCGCUACAACAAGAUGAAGGAGGAGCGCAACAACUGCAACGACGAGCUCACGAAAGUUAAGGAUGAGAACUACAACCUGGCAAUGCGCUACGCGCAGCUGAGCGAGGAGAAGAAUAUGGCCGUCAUGAGGAGCCGGGACCUGCAGCUGGAGAUUGACCAGCUGAAGCACAAGCUCAACAAGCUUGAAGAGGAGUGCAAGAUGGAGAGGAGGCAGUCUCUGAAACUCAAGAAUGACAUAGAGAGCCGCCCGCGAAAAGAGCAGAUCUUUGAACUGGAGCGAGAAAAUGAGGUGCUGAAGCUAAAAGUGCAGGAGCUACAGUCUAUCAUACAGCCUGGAAAGCAGGUGCUCCCAGACUCUGAGAAGGCAAUCCUUGACAUCCUGGAGCAUGACCGUCAAGAGGCCUUGGAGGACCGCCAGGAGCUGGUCAACAGGCUGUACAAUCUGCACGAGGAAGUUCGGCAAGCGGAGGACUUAAGGGACAAAUACCUGGAAGAGAAGGAGGAUCUGGAGUUGAAGUGUUCCACACUGGUCAAGGACUGUGAAAUGUACAAGAACCGCAUGAACACCAUAAUCGUCCAACUGGAGGAGGUGGAGCGAGAGCGGGACCAGGCUUUCCGCUCCCGCGAUGAUGCCCAGAACCAGUUUUCCCAGUGUCUGAUCGACAAAGACAAGUACCGUAAGCAGAUCCGCGACCUGGAGGAGAAGAAUGAUGAGCUGCACAUCGAGAUCGUGCGCAAGGAGGCCAAGAUGGUCAACCUGGAGUCGAAACUGAGACGCGUCUCCAAGGAGAAUGGGAGUUUGCCGAGGGACAUUCCCUUUACCAUUGUAUCCCAGACCCCUGGCCAGCAGGACCCCAUACGAGAUGGUCAUGAUGAGGACUCUGGUGAUGAGAGCUUUCCCUCCGAAUCACGACUCAAACGCAGACUAAACCUCAAGAUUCCCAGAGCAAAGUCACCUGUUACAGCACCCAAGACCCCAGAUUACUCGGUAGCUGCACCGCAGUUCAAUGGGGACGUUAUGGAAACACCCAGUUCAGACAUCAAACCCAUAACCCCCAGUUCCAUCAAUCCAAACAGCCCUUGUGUCCCCGUGACUCCAAGCAGUGCAGCAGAGAUCAUAAAACUUAACCUGCGAUGUCGCAAUGGCAGCAUAAUGUCCAUGGUCCCUGAACCGCCAGGAAAUGACUCCAUUGUCAGACGGAACAAGGAAGGGGAGCAGGACAUCAUACCCAGGAGCCCAUGCGACUUUGACUGUGACAGUGGUGACAACAUGGAACUUGGUGAUGAAGAAAAUGACAGGUUCUCUCAUGGACCUCCCUCUAUUCACUCCUCAUCGUCAUCCUCUCACCAGUCAGAAGGCUUGGACACAUACGAAUGGGAACAAGUCAAUGACAUCUUCCGAAGAUUUUCCCUGGAGAGGCCCUUCCGACCUUCCCUUACCUCCUUCACGCGGGUGAGCAGCACCUUGCGGCAGUGCCUGUCGCUCCCCGGGGACUCCUUCCUCUCGGAGGUCUCACUGGUGGGAGGCAACGACAGCGGCAUCUUCGUCUCCUCCGUCCAGUCCGAGUCCAGUGCUGAGAAGGCCGGGCUGAGGGAGGGACACCACCUUCUCCUGUUGGAAGGCUGCAUUCGUGGAAAGAGCCAGAGUAUCCCUUUAGACACCUGCACUAAGGAGGAUGCCCACUGGACUCUGCAGAGAUGCACCGGACAAAUCCGCUUGCACUUCAGAUCCAACGAGGAGGGUUACAGGAGGCUGCAGAAGAGCCUGGAGGAGGGCAUGGCUUCCGGGGACUCCUUCUACGUCCGGCUGAACCUGAACGUGUCCAGCCAGACGGACAGCUGCUCGUUGUGCGUGCGUUGCGACGAGGUGGUGCACGUGCUGGACACCAUGCACCAGGGAAAGUGCGAGUGGCUGUGCGCGCGGGUCGACCCCUUCACCAGCAAGGACCUGGAGAAGGGCACCAUCCCCAGCUUCUCCAGGGCUCAGCAGCUCCUGCUGGUGAAGAUUCAAAAGUUGAUGUGCAGAGGGAGCCGAGAUGAGUCUGAAAGUCUUCAUGCACUAAAGAAUACAUUACAGCCUGAAGAAUCUACCCCUCCUCCAGACCCCAAAUCCAGUCCACGGCUGUCCCGUGCAAGCAUCUUCAUCUGUCAGAUCCUGCAGUUUGUCAGCAGGACUGAGAAGUACAAGAGGAUGAACAGCAGUGAGAGGGUUCGGGUUGUGAGUGGAGGGAAUUCUACACUACCCAGAUCCGGUUUGGAGACUCCAAAGCAAGAAGACCCGGAUUCAGAAAGCGACCUGAACAAGAGUUUGAAUCUGAUUCCGUACAGCCUCGUGACUCCUCACCAAUGUCAACGCAAGAGGCCCGUUUUGUUUGCCCCAAACACUCUAGCCAAAACCAUCGUGCAGAAGUUCCUCAAUCUAGGAGGAGCCAUGGAGUUCACAAUGUGCAGGCCAGACAUUUUGACAAAGGAGGAGUUUCUUCAGAAGCAGACGAUGGAGCCAAUAAUCUAUUCCAAAGAGAAAUAUGCCAAUACUUAUGAGUGCAUCACUCCAGGGAACAUUGAAGCUGUGGCCGAAAAGAAUAAACACUGCCUGUUGGAAGCUGACCUGAGCUGCGUCAAAGAUCUGCUCCGAAGGGAAAUAUAUCCCAUCAUCCUCUUCGUUAAAUUCUGCGAAAAGAACAUCCGAAAAUUAAAGAGGUUGCCACUGAAGGUGGACUCGGAGGAGGAUUUCCUGAAGACGUGCCGUUUGAAGGAGAAGGAGCUGGAAGCUCUCCCUUGUCUCUAUGCCACUGUUGAGCCAGAUUCUUGGGGUGGGGUGGAGGACCUACUGAAGAUAAUCAAGGACAAAAUCCUAGAGGAGCAAAGGAAGAUAGUUUGGGUUGAGCAAGACUUACUCUAGGAAAGAGUGCGCUUCUGCCAAGUAAUAUACUGAUCCAUGGUUGAUACAGUGGCAGUAUACCUGAACUAGUUAAUGUGGUUGUUCUCUGAAACUCGAUGUCUCUGUUUCCUGCAUAAACGGAAAUCUGAAUAGAGCGCAGAGGGUGAGCAGGAAAUGAUGUCACCAUGCUGCUUGUUAAGAUUUUUUCCCUGCCUUGUCUUCAGAUGAGGAGGGAAUCUAUGGUACACAGAGAAAAAUGACCAUUGUGUUCAGAUUGGCAUGAUCUACAGUAUGCAGGGAGAAAUUGGCUCAUUUGGUGUUAUGGAAGAAUGCAAAGCUUUCAUAUUUGAGAUCCAUCCAUUAUACAAUUGCUUUGAGGCCAUCCCAAAGAAACAUGAAUAUACCCACAAUCCACCUUUAAUACCCAAUAACACAUUUUACUUGCUGGGAAUUCUGCAUAAAGGUCUAUUACUGAAAAAGUCAAUUCUAUAUUCAUCGAACAUAUAGGUGAUAUAUUUAAUAGAUUUGGCGUGAAGGGAUGACUUGUUUGUAUGGAAAUUUGUGUGGAAAUUUAAGAUGAUGCCCAUAUGAAUUAUGUUUAGCUUUUCUUACUGUCAUGAUAGUUAAUGUUACAUUAUUUUAUUUGUUAUU